AACCAUCCUGCCCAUUUAAAUCCCAGCACCCCGUCUCCUGGAAACGCCACACCGGCUUUUUGACGGGGCUCUGUGCGGUACAAUCAACCUCGACGUCGACGACUCACCAUGGCAUCGACGAGCUCUCCCUCCCGACCUCCUAUCCUCCCGAUGCAUAGGAACACCCCUCCCAAGCCUCGUAGGCGGCUUCAGUUUCAGGAACAUGGGAACGAGGAUGAGCGACCGGCUUUUCGCCGAUUUUUGUCUUACUUUCUGCGCAAGAUAUCGUCUCCCUCGACGGGCAGCGCAUCUGAUGGGCUGGGACCGCUCGAUCUCAGCGAAAGCUCAUCCUCUGCUGGAGGCCAGCGGCCGGGAUACGUCAGAAGCACGGGGGAUGCUGAAAAGGAAGACAAAGAGGACGCUGAUUGGAAGGUGGAUGAGGUCGUCGUCACAGGCGAGCUGGACGCCGGCACAACGACACGUGCAGACGGAACUACGACAAGUGAUCGACACUCGGAUGUUGCGAGUCACCGAGAAGGCGAACUGAGCAACUCUGCUCGCACGGACGAGAUACAUCAUGCUACAGGUCUUUGGGGCUUCUUACGCCAUCGCCUGUUCCCGGUCAUCGUCGCUUUCUUCAAUCCUAUGCUCGACAGUCCUGACAAGGAACUCGAGUUCCAGAAACAGAAUUGGUACUCGACUAAAAAACCUGCCUUUGCAUAUGCGAUGUAUCUUGUCCUAAACUGGGUGCUGUACCUGAUCCUGAAUCGGAACGUUGGCAGUCAGCCGUUCGAAGAUAUCACUUACUAUGGCCCAUUUACGCUGUUCACUAUCCCGAUCCCUGUCCUGAUUGCGUUCGAUGCACCUCGCAAAUGGCCUAUCCCGUUCCAGAUUUGGUUUUCGUGUGCGAUUUGGUACUGUGGGAUGACCGAACUCAUCCAGAUGAAACAGUGUGGCUUCUAUGGCGACAAUCAAUGCAAUAACAAAGAUUUUCUCGCAAUGCUGUCUUACAACAUGGGUUUUCCAGCCGUGGCGCUUUUCAUCUGCGCAUCUCGCUUCUUCACUGCCAUCUUCCAAUGCAUCUCCUUCAUCCUGAUGUGCAGCCUAAUCUUGCCCGACCAGGGGAUCUUCUCCCGAAAUGUCGUCACCUAUGCUCUCUUUUGCAUCUUCGUCCAAUACCUGUCAUACAACUUUGAGAUGCGCAAUCGCCAGACGUUCAUCCUGAACAGUCAGCUCAAGCUGGCUUACCGGAGCCAGCAGAAAUCCCAGAUUGCAGAGACACAUGCGAACAAUUCGAAACGGCGGUUCGUGAGCUACAUCUUCCAUGAGGUUCGUGUGCCGCUGAAUACGGCUGCACUUGCUUUCCAGAACCUCAAGUCCGCAGAAGCAUUCAAGGAAGACGAGACUGAGACACAUGAAACGGAGAUCCAUGCGUUAGAAGCAUCGUUAUCGAUGAUGCAACAAGUCCUGGACGACGUGCUUGACCUGCAGCGUAUGGAUUCUGGCCGAUUUGAGAGCUCUCCCCGCCCUUUCCCCCUGCACCGUGCCAUCAAUUCGAUGCUGGGAAACAUCCGUGUCGCUACCACGGCAAAACACAUCAACCUGGUUGUGGACUUAGAUGAGAGCAUCGACCAACUGAGCGAUGCUGAGAUCGGCGAACGACAUCUCUGGAUUGUUGGCGAUGAGAUACGUCUGCGUCAGGUUGUGACAAAUCUCGCGUCAAACGCCAUCAAGUUCACACCUGAGAACGGCGGCAAUAUCAAAGUGGUAACGAAGCUCCUACGUGUGGUCAAACCCACACCACCGCCAACACCGAUGGGACAGAAGAUGCCACACAUGCACCCGCUUGCCGAAAAGAGCCCAGCUCAGCUAUUGAUCGAGCAGCAGCCAAAGGUCGUCUUCCGCUUCGAGGUUCACGACAGCGGCCCUGGUAUCAAACCUUCUGAUAUGGCGUCCUCCCGUCUCUUCACCCCAUUCGCACAAACCAAAGUGGGAAAGAAUAGUGGAACAAAGGGGAGUGGGCUCGGCUUGGCAAUCGUCAAGCAGAUUAUCACACUGAGCGGCGGGCGCCUUGGCGUACAGAGCCGUAAAGGUCAAGGGUCGUGCUUCUGGUUUGAGCUCGGCUAUCGCAUCGCUACGCCCCAUGAAGUCAAGACAGAAAAGGAGAUGGCGACGUCCCCCCUCCCACCGCCACCGCCUUCUUUUUUCGCUCCUCAGAGACCACAACUCGCAGAUUUGCCAGAAUUGGGCAAGGAAUCAUAUGCAUCGUCUCAGUAUGAACCAGUCACAGAGGGAGUGGAAGACGAUGAAGAAGAGCCCCCAAACUUGUCACCUGAGCUGACGACUUCCGCCGGAUAUCUCGAUGUGCCUGUUCCUCGCAUACCAAGUAUUCCCCACCAGUCUCCGUCGUGGACUGCCGAGAGGCAGACAUCUCAUGCAUCUUCGACUAUGCCUCUAUUGCAGCCGACGACAAGUGAAGGUAGAGGACUCGAUAAACCGCGACCAGUCGUGACCCUCGGCCAGGACUUGAAGCCACCAACAAUCAACCCGUCGCCAACUUCGGAGCUACCUUUAUCACCUCUUUCCAGCGUCAUCUCACCCGCGGUUCCAGAAGGAACAGAUCCCCUGCGUGUCCUUGUCGUCGAUGACGAUACUCUGACGCGCACUCUCAUGACGCGUAUGCUAAGCCGCCUGGGUUGCGUCGUCGAGACGGCUGAAGACGGGCAAGAAGCACUCGAUGUGCUCCUUGGAUCUCCAGAAGCUAACCGACCACCACAGAGGUUCGACAUGAUCUCUCUGGAUAAUUCGAUGCCUGUUUUAUCGGGAGAGGAAGCUGUUAGACGGCUCCGCGCUGCAGGAAGAACGGACCUAGUAGUCGGGUGCACGGGAAAUGCCCUCAAAACGGAUCAGACUUCUUAUUUGAGUGCAGGAGCCGAUAGAGUGCUGACAAAACCCAUCAUGCUCAAGGACCUGAAAGCGAUGUUGCAAAUUGCUGCUCAAAGACGCGAAGAGGCUGCUGCCACUGCCGCCAAUCCCUCAACAAGUUCAUGAUCCUCUUUUUUUCAACCUCGUACCAUAUCAUCAGCCGCUGGCGACAUGUCUUCUCAUGAUCAUUUCUCAGCAUCCAUCACAUUAC